CUCGCUGUCACAUACUCUGAGGAGGCUGGCGUGAACAGAGUGUCGUGUUGAGUGAGUGAAUGUGUUGUAGUGAGCAACAGAGGACAGAAUAGGUCAAAGGAAGAAGCUCUGUGACCUAGAGACACUGGCAUAGUGUUUUUUUUAACUGCUGAAGAAGAAAACUGGCGCGUGCGACGAAAGAAAUUUUGAAGAUUGCAGGCCACGAACACCACACUUCCUCUUUUGUUCCAUUUGUCAUUGCAGCUGAGAAGUCUUCAUGGGGACCGGAUUGAGGCGGUGUAGAACUGCAUUGGCCAAGUGUCACUACACAGACACUGAACCUGCAUGUAGUACCUGCACAAAGUCAAGCAGGCAUAUCUGAAUAGGGAAUCAUUUAAAGGUUAAUUGCAUUGCAUCCUGUAGAGAGGGAAUGGUGUGCUCCUAGCCACUCAUCAAAAUGCCUGGCAAGAAAGACGCCAAAAAGGACGUAAAGAAGGGUGGAAAACCUGAACCAGAGAAGAAGAAAGAGGAGGAAAAGAAGGGGAAGGAGGACAAGAAGGGAGGAAAAGAUGACAAGAAAGCUGGCAAGGAUGAUAAGAAAGGUGGAAAAGAUGAUAAGAAAGGUGGAAAGGAUGAUAAGAAAGGGGGAAAGAAGGGAAAAGAGGAGCCAUCCAAGGGGAAGGAUGAUGGAAAGAAGGGAAAAGACAAAGGUAAAGGUAAAAAAGUAGAGUCUGAGGAAGAAGAGGAGGAGCUCCUGAGUGACGAGGACGAGGAUGAAGAGUUCAGUGAUGAGGAUGAGGAAGAAUCUGAGGAUGACAGGAGAGGGAAGGGGCGAGGAGGCAAGGGAGCUAAAGGAAAGAAAGGAGGGAAGUCUAGACGUGGGGAAGACUCAGAGGAGAAUGAAGAGGAGGAUGAAGAUGAAGAAGAGGAUGAUGAAGAUGAAGAGGUUUACAGCAAAUCCAAGAAAAAAUCCAAAUAUGACCACCACUAUAAAGGAGGGAAAUCUGAUGCUGAUACAAAAAAGAAAAAAGGCAAAAAGAAAGAAGAAGCUCCACAGAUUCCAAUAAAGGAAAUUCCAAAGAAAGGUCUGAAGAACAUGUCCAGGAUGUUCAUGAAGUUUUCUGGUAUUAAGAGGCGCAGAAACAGCAGGAAGAAGCUGAAAAGUACAUCACGUUUGUUCUUGGGUUUAGGGAAGAGAAAGACCCGACUUGCCAAGAAGAAACGGCGGAAGUCUAUGCUGAAGAACACAUCUAGAUUCAUGAUGAGGUUUAAGGCCAGCAAAAAGAGGAAAAAGGAGAAAGAGGCCAAAGACAAGGAAGCAGCAAAUGGUGGGAAGAAGCCAACCUAUAUGCUGCUUCGUCUAGGGGGAGGGAAAGAAUCAAAUGACAAGAAGGGUUUCUUCAAAAGUUUGUUUGGAAAAAAGGAUAGUGACGGGCCUGCUGAUGACUUCAAGAACAGCAGCCUAUUACUGGGUAAGGUUGCGGCGGCAACUAAUUGGCUGACCAAGCGCUUCCUAUCCACCAAAAUGCGAGGAAAUUCAAGACAUCAUGGCUGGGGUGGGCGUAGAGCACAUAGCCAACAAGCUAGCUCCAGAGGUCACCUCCAUGGUUACCAUAAUGAUGGUUUUGAACAUGGAGGGGACAUGUAUGGAUAUGGUCAUUCAGGCCACCAGAAAGGGUAUGGAGGGUAUGACAAUGGUUAUGGAGACGAGGGUCAGUUUGAUUACUAUGACGAUAAGGCAAGGGGGGCAGACUAUCAGGACCUGGGUUACUAUGAAGAAGAAGGACUGUAUGAUCCAAAUGCAGAAUAUUAUAAGGGUGAUCUUUAUGAUGAGGGGAUGGGGGAUUACUAUAACCCUUACUCCCCUGCCCAAAGUUACUAUGACAACCAGGAAGCUGAUUACUAUGAUUACCAACAACAACAAGCAAUGUAUGGUGAGGAGGGUCUGGACUACUAUGCACAAAUGAGUGAGGACCUCAUGUAUGGAGGAGAGGUCGAUGAAUUCCUUGACCCUCAGGCUCAUGGUUACUAUAAUGAAAAUGGUGAGACAGUUUACUAUGGAGAUGGUCAAAUGGGUUACUAUGACAGUGGACAGGAAGGUUCUUAUGAGAACCCUUGUGCAGCAGGUAUGGGAAUCCAAGGUGUUUUAUCACCAGACUAUCAACUUAGCUAUAACGAUGCUGGCAUGCCCUACCAAGACUUCAGCUCCCAGCAGACAGUUGGAUUCCAAUCAGGAGGCCAGCAGUUGUUUGGCUUUGAAGGGCAAGGACUAGGUCAACCACAGGGACUGUUUGGGGAUCAGCGUGCUGGACAGUUGGAUCAAUUUGGGUAUGAUACUGGUGGAGUUCAGGGAGGGGACGUGACAUUCAGAGUUCCUAGACCACAGGUGCGUCUGUUUGGGAGAGAGCGUCUAGAUGUUCCCUUGCCUCCUCCACCUACUUUGCCAUCAGAUCCAGAAUUUGAAGACAUGUCAGAAAUCCAGUAUGAAGACCAGUUUCCUCUUGCACUGGGUCAACCUGGUGGCAUGAUGUCAUUACAGCAGCAAAUGGCAAUGUCACAGCAACAACAACUAAUGAUGUCUCCUCAGCCGCAAAUGAUGAUGUCCCCACAGCAAACUAUAUUGCCCCACCAAGAACCAAUGAUGAUACCCCCUCAAAUGAUGUCACCACACCAACAGAUAGUGUUACAAGAGCAAAACAUGUCCCCCCAAUUGAUGCCAUCACAGACUUUGACACCCCAGCAACAAAUAAUGUCACUACAGCAACAGAUUUUGCCCCAGCAAAUGAUGUCCCCACAAGAGCAGAUGAUGGCACAGCAAAUGAUGUCGGCACAAGAGCAGGUGAUGCCGCAGCAAAUGAUGUUGCCACAGCAACAGAUGAUGUCUCCACAGCUGAUUUCACCACAGCAGCAAAUGAUGUCUGACCCAGUGAUGAUUUCGCAGCAGGGUUAUGGACUACCAUCAAUCCCUACUCCAACUGCCAUGAUAAUUAAGCAAGCAAGCAUGUCCCCCCUUCCUGCACAGCGCCUGCAACCCUCUCCAACUCCAUCCCGCCAUUCUGUUAUCAUGCCCUCCCCACAGAUGCAGCGCCAUCCUUCUGCAAUGGCUUCCCCAAUACUCUCUCCUAUGCUUGUUCAGAGACACAGACUCUCCCCACAACCAUCCAUGAGGAGUGGAUUCAUUAAUGCCCAAAGACAACCCUCUGUUAUGUCAAGACUGAUGUCACCUCCUUCCUCCGCUAUGGCCUCCCCACUCGCUCGUCACAGAAUGCAGCCUCAAAGAUUACCGUCUCCCAUAGCUCAAGGAUCCUCAACCACCCGCCCCCCCCGUACCUCUGUGAUUCAACGUAGUCUUCCACACUCACCAGUAGCAUCAAUGAGGCAACGCUCUCCACCUCCGUCACCCCGUGCUUCAAUGAGGAGGCCAAGUCCCUCAGCAUCACCCACUCCUGCCAGCAGCCCAUUUGUAGGGAGAAAGAUGCAUAGGUCUCCCUCCCCUCCUCUCUCCCCUGGUCAUGCAUCCCCCCCUCACUCUCCACAGCUCAGCAGAAGACCAUCUCCCUCUCCUUCCCCAUCUCGCCGUAGUUUAUCCCCUGCAGGGCCCAGGCCUGCACCAACAUCUCCAACCCUGUCUCGACGGUCAACUCGGCUUCUCAGGGACCCCACACCAUUGGCCAGGCCUAGAUUUGGGGGGAAUGUUCCUUUAGGCACUGUUAGACCCUCUCCAAUGGGUCUCCGAGGGCGUCCAGUGCCUCCACCGACCCAGAAUGUGCGGCCAUUCCGUGCCUCCUCUGUAAGAAGCAAUAGGUCUUCUGUUCUUACAACUGACUCCUCCCUUAACGCCUCUCCUUUCCACUCACCUCACAUGGUCCACCGUGCUCCCCUGAGGAGGAGAGAAUCUGGCAGACUUCCUCCACGUCCAAUAGCUCGAGGACGCCCCCUAAUGGCCCAGCAAUCCAUAAGAAGGAUGCCUCCGGCCUCUCCACAACUCUGUCUUAAACACAUGCCCCAUCCUGCAUCCCCACACCUCUCUCCUCAAGUUUCUCAUCAGUCCUCCCCCCAACUGCCCCCUCGUGCUGUCCAUCCACCCACUUAUAAACCAGAACCUUAUGUGUCUGGACAAUAUGCUGAUCCUUACACUGAUCAGCCACAACAGUUUGUUGUUUCCUCUUCUCCCAUGCUAUCUGGUGCUUUACAGAACCAGGCUAUCCGACAGGCGUCUUACUCUUCCACCCUUGGACCAGCGUCAACCCAAAUUGUAGGUAUAGAUGACAUGGGUACAGAAUUAAUAGAACCUUAUGUUCCCUUGUCUCCUACACUGUCUGGUGCAAUACAAAACCAGGUAAUUCGGGAUGCAUCCUAUGUUCCUUCACUACAGAGACCAGUGUCUCCUUAUGAGCAACCUAUGGCCCCUUCAUCUCCCGCAUUGUCUGGUGCUCUGCAGAAUCGCACUAUACAAGAUGCAUCUUUUGCUUCCCAUUUACCUAGGCCAGUGUCACCUUAUGAGCAGCCUUUGCCCCCCCCUUCCCCAGUGCUGGCCAGUGCUCUGCAAAACCAAGCAGUAAGAGACGCAUCCUAUGUGUCUCCUCUUCAGAGACCUCAGUCACCAUAUGCCCGAUCUGUACCUUCUACUCCAAUACUCUCUGGAGCUAUGAGACAUGGUCAGGCGCUAAGAGGCAUGGCUUCUUAUCAGACUCCACAGCUCCGUUCACCGUAUGGGCCAACUGUUGUUACUCCAUACGAUUAUAUCUCUGAACCUGGCCCAGCACCACUGCUCCACGAUGCACUGCAAAACCAAUCUGGUUUGCAGAAUGUCUCAGCUUUAAGAUCCCCUAUGAUGCAACAUCGUAACCCUUAUGCACCAGCUGGGCCUCAGCUCCACAGUGCUCUUGAGCAGAGCCCAAACCUUCGCCAAGCAUCUUAUCAGGCACCUAUGCAAAUGAGACGGUCCCCAUAUGGGCCCCAACCACCCUCUUCACCAAUGUUAGGAAGUGCCCUGCGAAACCCCCAGUUAAUGCAGGCAUCAUACCGGUUGCCAGAUGGAACCUUGGUGUCACCUUAUACAGAUCCACGCUCCUCCCCUUUGCUUGGUAGUGCAUUGCAAAACCAACAAGUCCGUGGAGCCUCAUACACCCUGCCUGAUGGAUCAGUUAUUAGGGACCCUCGAGUACCCCAGAAGCCAAUGUCUCCCAACCUGUCCAGAGCUCUUCAGAACCAGGACCUCAAGUCUGCAACAUAUACUCUUCCUGAUGGCACCAUUAUAGAUCCCAGACAGCAACAAACCAUUUCCCCAAACCUGGCUAAGGCCCUAAACAACCCACUCUUGCGUGAAGCCUCCUACUCUCUUCCUGAUGGGACAAUUGUGAUCGACCCUAAAAAACAGAAGUCACCAAACCUUGCAGCAGCGCUUCAAAAUCCUUACCUAAAAAGUGCAUCUUACACCCUGCCAGAUGGCACUAUCAUCAUUGAUCCACGGAAGCCUGUCUCUCCAAACCUAUCCAACGCCCUUCAAAACUCUGCACUGUGGAGUGCCUCCUUUACACUUCCAGAGGGCGUUCAAGACCCCAAUGUACCUGUAUCACCCAACCUUGCUAAGGCUCUCAACAAUGCAGCCUUGAAAGGAGCUUCAUACACCCUCCCAGAUGGAACUAUGAUCGUGGACCCAAGGAAACCAAAGAGCCCUAAUUUGACAGCUGCCCUGCAGAAUCCCUAUCUAAAGGGUGUGUCCUACACACUGCCUGAUGGAACCAUCAUAAUUGACCCACGAAAACCAGUUGGCCCUGACCUGUCUAAAGCUCUUCUGAAUGAGAACCUUCGUAAUGCGACAUAUCAGCUUGCUGACGGUUCCCUGGUUAUCCCUGGCCAGAAGCCAUCAUCUCCAAACCUAGCAGCUGCUCUAAGGCAAAACCAGGCACUUCGUUCCGCAGGUCUCUAUCAUCUGUCUGACAACUCUGUACUGUCAGGUGUGCCUAAACCCACCCCUCCCAAUCUUGCCUCUGCACUGCAGAAGGAGGACUUACGGGGUGUCAAUUACAGGCUGCCUGAGAAGUCUCUUCUCACACGUCGGUUCCACAACCCAAGCCUGUCUGAUGCCAUCCAAAACCAGCACCUCCGUUAUGCCUCAUACUUGGUGCCAACAGGACUGCAGGGUGAGGACAAUCGCUAUGCUGUGAUUCCUCCAUAUGGGCCACGCUCAGGCCACUGGGCCAGGAAUGCCCAAGGAGGUGGGGAAGGAGGCGAGGAUGUUUGGGCAGCUGAGAGGGUUUUACCACAUGGGACGGUCCAGAAUUUGUCUAAGUGGUCCAUGUACAGAGAAGAUGGGGUGUUAGAAAGAUAUUCACCUACAUCUCGAGUUGACGACAGACAGCCUCAAGAUCCAGACUGGACUCCUGACAGAGAGGCAAUACCAGGUCAUAGCUGGCAUGACAAGAUCUACUCUAUUUUAAGCAUGCCUACAACAGGCCACAGGGUUAAACGCUGGGCGGAGGGAAUGGAGGAUAUGACACAGCUCCCUGAGCUGAAUGAGACCACAGUUCUGAUGAACCUGAAGAAACGCUAUGACCAGGAGCUUGUAUACACCUAUAUUGGCAGUAUCCUUGUGUCUGUGAACCCGUACAAGUUGCUCAACAUUUACGGCACAGAUAUGGUGCUUCAGUAUGAAGGCCACGGUCUGAAUGACAACCCUCCUCAUCUUUUUGCCAUUGCUAAUCUCUCAUAUACCACCAUGAUGGAUGCCAAAAAGGACCAAUGCAUUGUGAUCAGUGGAGAAAGUGGGUCAGGAAAGACUGAAGCCACUAAACUGAUCUUGCGUUACCUGACAGCCAUACAUCACAAACGCAACGUCACACAACAGGUAGAUAUCCAGUAUCUGCUUGUACGUACCUGCAGACACACUUAACU